AUGUUUUGGACCUCCAGUUUCUUGUUCAAUUUGCUUGUAGUUUUACUUAUUGCUGAAAAAUUUACAUCAGCUGAGGGGGAGUAUGAUCAAGAAUAUGCAAACCAGAUUCUUAGCUCAGCGCAGAAAGAGAAAGAUUGGUUGGUGUCAAUAAGGAGAAAAAUCCAUGAAAAUCCUGAACUGGGAUUCCAAGAAUUCAACACCAGUGCUCUAAUUCGUGGUGAACUUGAUAAACUAGGGGUUUUUUAUGAGUACCCAUUUGCUAAAACUGGCUUGGUUGCUCAAAUUGGCACUGGUUCACCCCCUGUGGUUGCUUUGCGAGCUGACAUGGAUGCCCUACCCUUGCAGGAGAUGGUAGAGUGGGAGCAUAAGAGUAAAGUGCAGGGUAAAAUGCAUGGAUGUGGGCAUGAUGCUCACACAACAAUGCUGCUUGGCGCUGCUAAGUUACUCAAUGAACGUAAGGACAAGCUUAAGGGAACAGUGAGACUUCUUUUUCAACCUGCUGAGGAGGGAGGUGCUGGUGCAUCUUAUAUGAUAAAAGAAGGUGCUCUUGGUGAUACAGAAGCAAUAUUUGGGAUGCAUGUUGAUUUUAAAAGACCAACGGGAACUAUAGCGAGUCUUUCAGGCCCCGUUUUAGCUGCUGUAUGCUUCUUUGAAGUAAAGAUAGAAGGAAAAGGUGGGCAUGCUGCAGAUCCUCACAAAAACACUGAUCCAAUAAUUGCUGCAUCCUUUACGAUUUUGGCCUUGCAACAGCUCAUCUCGAGAGAAGUAGAUCCACUUCACAGUCAAGUGCUGUCAGUCACUUAUGUCCACGGUGGGACUGCAUUGAAUGUAAUUCCGAAUCAUGUUGAACUAGGUGGUACUCUGAGGAGUCUUACAACUGAAGGCUUGCUACGACUCAAGCAGAGGGUGAAAGAGGUUAUUGAAGGACAGGCAGCUGUACACAGAUGCAAGGCAUAUGUUGAUAUGAAAGAAGAGGAGUUCCCUCCAUAUCCAGCUACUGUGAAUGACAAGCCGUUACAUCAGCAUGUCAAAAGGGUCGGGAGAAUUCUGCUCGGUCUGGAGAAUGUCAGGGGCGGCGAAAAAGUUAUGGCGGGUGAGGAUUUUGCUUUCUACCAAGAAAUGAUCCCAGGAGUCAUGUUUAGCAUUGGGAUUAGAAAUGAGAGAAUUGGCUCAAUUCACUCUCCGCACUCACCUCAUUUCUUUCUUGACGAGGAUGUACUGCCAAUUGGAGCUGCAUUACACACUGCUAUUGCAGAGACUUAUUUGAAUGAUCACCAACAUUCUGCUGUUCAGUAG